UUAGGCUCAGAUAUUACAAGGAGAAGGUAAACUUGGAUGUGAGGCAUUGCUCUGGUUGCUUGCCAAAUAAAAACACUGGAGUGUCACUAGGGUGAACUCAGAGCUUGGUUCUGCUGUGGUGCUCUGCAGCUGUGCACACCGGACUGAGCAUCCUCCAGUUCUGCCCUGCAGCAGCUCUGAAAGUCCUGCCUUCAGUGGUGUGACUUUUACCCCUCUGAACCCGUCCGGCAAACAGCUUUCCUCUAAUACUUCAACAUAGAGAUCCCCCUACCCCAACCUCGUAUUUCCCAUACACAGCCAUAAAGCUGGAAAACAAAACUCCCGACCUUCCUUCCCCUGCCUGAUCCCUCAGCCUGGAUUUAUUUCCCAAGGCUGCUGAUGGUUGAAUGACAAUUGUUUUUGCUCAGCGAUGGCAGUCUGAGGGGAUUUGCAUUGUGAAGUUCCUUGACAAGCCAAGGAGCGGAGCGGUGUGAGAGGAGGGGGUGGGUGGAGAGAUGCUCUGCCAGCCAGGCAGGCGGGAUCACUCCGGCAGUGGCUCUGCCGAGCUUUCACUCUGAAUCCCCAGGGAGGGAGCCUUUCUCUCACUCCAGGCUUCUCCCCCGCCACACGAGAGGGACGGAGAGAGGAGAAAGCAGAAGGGCCCCUUCACACCAGCUGCACCCAACUGUCCAGCUCGCGUCCGCAGCAGGCAAACCAUGAGGAAGAGUCUCUGUGCCCCUACAGUCACUUCGCCUUUGAUUUAAAACUUUCACCCACUUCCAGAAGGGACAAUGGAGGAGCAAUACAUUUCCAAACUCCACCCGGUAGUGGAUUACGGAGCUGGAGUCUUUCUUCUGAUCGUAGCCAUCCUGACAAUCCUUGGAAAUUCAGCCGUCCUUGCUACAGCUGUGAAACGCUCUUCCCUCCUGAAGUCACCGGAGCUGCUUACAGUCAACUUGGCAGUAGCAGACAUUGGAAUGGCACUCAGCAUGUAUCCGCUGGCCAUUGCAUCUGCCUGGAACCACGCUUGGCUGGGAGGAGAUGCGUCCUGCAUAUAUUACGCCCUGAUGGGUUUCCUUUUUGGUGUCUGCAGCAUGAUGACCCUGUGUGCCAUGGCCGUGAUUCGAUUCCUUGUUACCAAUUCAUCCAAGUCUAACAGUAACAAAAUCCCCAAGAACACUGUUCGCAUCUUGAUUACUUUCAUCUGGCUCUACUCCUUGCUCUGGGCCAUUCUGCCCUUGGUAGGCUGGGGUUACUAUGGCCCUGAGCCAUUUGGUAUCUCUUGUACAAUAGCCUGGAGCAAGUUCCACAACUCCUCCAAUGGCUUUUCGUUCAUCCUGAGCAUGUUCCUCCUGUGCACGGUCCUGCCUGCACUGACCAUCAUUGCCUGUUACUUGGGAAUCGCCUGGAAGGUUCAUAAAGCGUACCAAGAGAUCCAGAAUAUUGACAGGAUCCCUAAUGCAGCUAAACUGGAGAAGAAGCUGACAUUGAUGGCUGUGCUCAUCUCGGUCGGGUUCCUGAGCUCCUGGACACCGUAUGCAGCAGCCAGCUUCUGGUCCAUAUUUAACUCCAGCGAUUCCCUACAGCCCAUUGCGACGCUGCUGCCCUGUCUGUUUGCCAAAUCUUCAACAGCGUAUAACCCUUUUGUUUAUUACAUCUUCAGCAAAACUUUCCGUCGCGAAAUUAAACAAUUGCAGUGUUGCUGUGGCUGGCGAGUUCACUUCUUCAGCACCGACAACUCUGCUGAAAAUCCUGUGUCGAUGAUGUGGAGUGGGAGAGACAACAUACGUCUCUCUUCAGCUGCAAAGGUGGAGAACCAGGGAGCUGCAACUCGCUGAAAUGCAGCGACGGUUUCACAACAUAGGUUGAAACUUGGGCUCGCUCUUGGGUCCAAAUGAGUAGGAAUGCAGCACACGGGGUUGUCACUGCAUAUCUUAUGUCAAAUACAGAGGUUUAAGUAUAUAUUUUUAAGCAACUCUCAAAUAUUGUCUUUAAGCUACACAGCAAAAAACCUGCUAUUUUUUUCAAGAAUUUCCACUUUAGAGGAAAUAGAUAGAUUUAUGUACUAAACAUAAAAACAUGUAAACUAAACUUAUUUUCAGGGAAACAGCUAUAAUUAAAAGAGGAUUUAUUAUUUCUGGUUUUUUUCUUACACUUUUCACUUUUUAAUGCAAUCUAUCUGCAGACUCUUGGCUCUAUCAGUAAAACAGCCAUCAGAGAAAACCGUAGGUUGAACACAAAGUGUUACCAAAUAAAUACAGCUGAGAGUGUAGCUUUCCAGCUAGAAGACAGACAGAAGACCAUAUGGGUAGCAAGAAAUAUUCACUGCCAGGAAAAGAUGAUCAAGUGGCUGCUAGCAAAAUGUCUUAUAGAGAUCUACAGUUCCUUGAUCUGUCAGAGGUAUAGUUCCAAAUCCUGAAAACACGAGCUCGAAAAGGAGUCGAGCAGCCUUAGUCUGAAGAGGUUGGGUGGGAAUGUGGCAGUCAGCGAAGGAUGCCUUCUGUGAACCACAGAUCGCACAAUGAGCAGGGAAGGAAUCUCUUAGCAAAAGGAACUGUGCACUUAACGCUGUUGCUUGCUGAGGUGUAACAGCUCUUCUAUCAUGAAAGCUGUUGGAGCAUUUGUUUUCUGGAGGAGCACUCUGUACAGCACGCCAAAAGACAUCCCCAGGAUAACCUGCCCGGCAGUAAGUAAUCCUGCAGAUGCAGUCCUGGCUCUCAUUGCCUCACUGGGAGCUCCUCAAAUACGGAAUUCCCCCUCCGGCUGGAGCACCGACACAACUGCCCCUGAGAGCAGAGUCUGCUGAUUCAGUUUAAAGCAUACAUACAACCGUGACAUCAUCCUGCUGGCCAGUUUUAACAAAAGAGAUUCUGAGGUGGAAAUGAGCUCCUACAGUUUAAAUCUCUCUCUGACUCACAGUUUGUGAUUUUAAAGGACAUAAAGACAUCUUUAGGGUUUGAAAUGUGCAAAGUAUGGCUUGAUAGCUGCAGCAGUUCUCGCUUCCCUUGCUUGUUCAGCUGACCACAUCUAUCUUUCCAUUAGGUUCGGUGAAGACAAGAAGAGUUGAAUCACAGGCAGAUUUGGCACAGAUUUUAAACAACAAUCUAAAACAAUAGUGAAAGGCCUUUGAGUUCUUGAAAACUUCUACCACACUCAAACCCUAAUAAUUAGUUUCAUUUUAUAAACUAUGGCUAAGGCCAAGAACAGGGUUAAAAGAUAGGCUUAAACACUUCCAUGGCUAUGAGAAUUUCUGUUACUGUGGAGUGUGGAUUACAAAAGAACAAACAAAAUGAGACAUGAGCUGUAACAUACACUAAGGCAUAAAUUAACUACUAAGUCAGGUGUUAGGAAACUUUAAGGAGCUUGUCUUCCGCUGAACUCCUGCCACUGGCAGUGUCGCCAACUCUCAAUAAAUAUUCCACUAGAUUAAACUAGGUUUAUUUGUAAAAAAUUGUAAAAAAUUCCUGAUUUAAGUUGGCCUCCAGGGCGACAUUAUCUUGUCCUGGGUUGUCACUCACACAUGCUCCAUAAGGAAUGAGACAGGGCUCAGUCUUCUCUCUCAAAUACGAUGAGGUGAAGCAUCCUCUGGGAAAGUCACCUCCGACAGCCCAUGGCACAGGGAAAUGGGAAAAGGGAAGAGAAACGUGGGGAGCAGGAGAAAACACCUGUUACUGAGAGGGGAGCAUGUGAAAGCUGAAGGAAAAUAUUUGGGAAAAGAAGAGGCAGGAGAGCGUUAGGCAAGUGUGUUUGUGGGGAGGGCGAGGAGAUGGCAGAGGGAAAUGCAAAAGGGACAAUAGUUAACAUGGUGGAAAGGGACUUGUUUUGGUAAAUGUCAAUUAUCAGCACUUUUUCAGCUUUAAAAAAUAACCUGAAAGGAAAAUGAAACUGUAUUUUAAUAACCACCUCAGAGUUUUUGCUUUCACUUGCUCAGUUGCUUGAUGUUUGAAAUAAACAGCAAAAUAUAUAUUCCUAUCUGCUAAUUGCAGAUUUGUGAAUGGACCAAUGACAUGUAAUGUAAAAUGAGCUUUCUCUGUGAAAAAUUUAGGAGCAGAACAGGUCCACAUCCACUUGUAAAAGCUUUUAAAAUGUAUGUAAUAUGAAAAAUAUGCCACUCUACAAUACAGACAAAAUCUCUCUAAAACCAGAUCUGUAUAUUGUUAAUGUUUAAGCAUAAUGCUUUAAUAGCCUGAUUUAUUAUCUGUUUAUGUACUUCAUUUUUAAAAAUCAAAGUCCAGGUGUUUGUGUAUCAAAUAUGGCUCAAAUCUCUUUUUCAUUUCUCAGACUCAGUGAGAAGCAAAUCAAAACUUCCCCAGUAGAGACUGAAUUUUAGAUGGUUUUAUGUUACAUACAGGAAACUUAAAAAGCAGGGCUGCCUUUGACCAGAGAACUAGGAAAGGAAGUAUAGCAUACUAUAUAGGGGACUAGUUGUUUUUUCUUAAGUUUCAUGAAGUUGAUCUAUGGUCAAAUUAUAACUCUAAUUUCAUGGUGUUCCCUGCCCAGCCCUAGACUGUGUUGUCAACUAAGUGAUCUUCUAAGGCAUUGAAGCAGAAUGCAAGCACUCACCUCAGGAGCAAAUUUGGGCAUCUUAUGUUUGCAAUCACCAGUGCAGUCAUCCCAAUACAAACAAAUAUUUAAGGUAAAAACUCCAACAGCAUCUAACUCAUAACUCACAUACUAGGAGUUAUCUCACUAAACUGUGGAAGUUCACAGU